CGGCUGUGCAUUUUAUGCUGUUCAGUGCACCGCUGGCGUUCACGCAUCUUCGCGCACAGAGCAGGUAUUUUAUUUGUGAGGCUUCUUUUUGUGCGUUUUUUUCUGCGGUGUUGGUGAUGCGCUCGGCGCUGCCGUGUGGGGCGCGUGCUGCUGGCAACGAUGCCGGAUCGAUCCUUUAGAUCGAUCGAUCGAUCGCAUGUGCGAAGAGGUAGUAACUUCAGCUCGGGGACGGACUACACGACGUACGGCAUGAUGCUGUGAGGACACUGCAUGAGGCAGCCAAGACGAUCAUGAUGGAGGAGGCUGCCAUCCAGCUUGAGAGAGACCACGUGCACAGUGUCUAUGACAGGAUUGCACCAUUUUUCAAUGACAGCCGAUACAAAGCCUGGCCAAAGGUGCGACAGUUCCUGUUGGACCUGCAGCCGGGUAGUAUCGUGGCUGAUGUGGGCUGUGGCAAUGGCAAGUCUCACAUUAAUAAGGAGGUGUUCAUAGGAUGCGAUGUUUGUCGCCCCUUGGUGGACUAUGCCUGGAGCCAAGGGCACGAGGUCCAGAUGUGUGACAGUCUGCAUUUGCCUUACAGAGAUGGCUGUUUCGACGCUGUGCUCUCUAUCGCAGUCAUACAUCAUUUGUCCACCAAAGAGCGUCGUAUUCGAGAUAAGGAGAUGGCUCGCACCCUGCGUGUAGGCGGACGCAUCAUGAUCUACGUGUGGGCCAUGGAGCAGAAGAGGCGAAAGUUGAGAAAACAGGAUACUUUCGUACCCUGGAACCCAAACCCUCACUCUUCCUCCGCCUUCAGCAGGAAACACGCCAACCUCGCAGGAGGGGCACAGCCACAGAGUGUGAGUGAAGCCAUAGACAACACUGACACCAGGAAGGUUAAAAGCACAUCGUCAAUGGUGGAUGAAGACCUGACCUGCAGCACGCCACAGCAAACCACACACAGACUGUGGUUCUUCUCCAGGUCCCUGGAUUCUGUGUUUGACUUCGGAAACUUAGCCAUCUCCAGGUCGUCAUCCAGAGAGCUGAGCACUUUAUCCUCACCCACUGCGGAAAAUGAGGGGACCAAGGUAAGCCAGCGUGGGAGAGGAUGCAACCUCAUCAAACGUUCCAGCUUCUUCUCCCCCUCAUCUGGUACAAGUUUUGAAGAGGAUGUUUUUGAGUCGGGUCACGGAUCCGCACAACAUGGAGGAAGUGGUCACCAGUCACGCAUGUGCCUCCUCCAAAGAGUCGCUUUGUCCUUAGUCCGGGAUUGUGGAUCUCUGGCCCUGCCAGAUCUCAUUCCUUACCAGAAAGAGCACGUGAAGCAGUGUGGAGAUGAGAGCGAUGGUGGGCCUCAAGUGAAAGAGCAGCAGCAAAGCACACAGAGUCCUCAGGUAGAAGGUUCCUGCCCGAGGUACUAUCACGUCUUCAGGGAGGGAGAACUGACAGAGCUGAUAGAGAAUCACGUCCAGGAGCUCCAUGUUAAACACACCUGCUUUGAUCACGCCAACUGGUGUGUAGUGGGCAGAGAAGUCCAGCUGUGGAAGAUCUGAUUUUUAACCUGAUUUGGGCAUUGCCUCAAAUUUUAGUACUGAAUCACACAUGAAUACUUUACUGAAUAACAUCUGUAUCGAUGUAAGAGUGUGGCUGGUUGAUGGAAUUCCACAUUUUAAAGUUUGAACUUAUUUUAAAUCUCCUUGUAGUAAUUUUUAAAUGUGAAGAGUCAUGGAAGUUGCUGUGAGUUUAUCAGAUACACUGGAUCCACAGAGAUCUAGGAUUGAAGGAGAAUUCUGGAAAAUUGCAACCUAGGUUCUAUUUUUUUAGAUGUUGUAGAGGCCAUCUUUUUACUCCAAUUUAUUUAAUGGGCACAUUAAUUAUUGGUCACACAAAA